AUGCCUACCAUAAAGAAGUUCUGCCCGUCCGAUUUCGUAUCCUUUUACGAAUUCGACCCGGCCUCGGAUAGGAGAUGCAUAUAUCUUACACAAAAGAAGUUCAGGUGUAAGCUUUCCUGUCACCAGGAGGACAGAGACAGAGCCUGCAAGCUCUACAUCAGGUUCACCACCACCGAUGAGCUCCCUGACCUGGAGCAGGUCCAGGAGUACGCAAAGCUCAACUGCUGUAGAGGCAAGCGAAUUUGGCACCAGGACCGCAUAGAAGACCAGGGAAAUCUAGUACCACUGGCGGAGAGGUGGCUGGACGAGAUUCGACUGCGGAUGGGCGAAAAGACCGUCCAACACGCGGCACGGACAGCGUCGAUAACCACCAACAACGGCAUUGCCCAAGCUCAGGCUGCAUCCCCAUCGAGCGCCACCAAUCCCAGCAGCCCUGCGCCUCCACAGUCCACACCACGAUACAAUCUCCGCAGCCGCCAGGUGGCCGGAUCUGCAGGACAGUCCAGCGGUCCGGCUGCUCCCCCCAAGUUUGCCGAAUAUGACACCGAACCCACGGAUGAUGUCGCCUCCGCUUUCCGCCGGCCGCUAGGAAAGCGUCGGGACUGGGAAUGCGGAUGGGUGUACGCUUUCGACCGCUCCUCGACGCCAGGCCAUGUUAAAAUCGGCUGGACGGCGAGAUCGGUCGUCAAACGCCUUGAGAGUUGGGCCAAAUGCGGGUGUCCGCCGCGGCUUGUGCACAGCACCGACGCCAUCCCGCACGCCCAUCGCGCCGAAGCCCUCGUCCACUGCGAACUGGCGCGGGAGAGGCGUAAGGAGCGAGGGUGCCAGUCCUGCGGCGGGACGCAUAUAGAGUGGUUCGAGGUCAGCCGCGAGAGGGCGACGCAGGUUAUCAAAAACUGGGCCACAAUAUUUUCAACGAAUCCGUAUGAUGGGGAUGGAAAAUUGAAGGAAGUUUGGGUCCGCGUUAUCGGCGGUGUUGUCAAGGAUGGCGAAGCGAUGAAUGCAGAGGCGUUGUUGGCUCGCUACGCGUUGCUGUCUGCCAGGGGGGCCUCAGUCUUGACUCCCGCGCAGGACGUCAAGGCUGCAUCCCCGCCGCGGUCAGCCCCCGCGAAAACUCCCGCGAUGCCCCGUCAAGCGCACCCAGCUGGUUGUGAACCUGAUAUAUCCCGCGGGGAGCGUGGUCUGGACGCAUCGGUUGAAGCAGCCGCUCUGAAAUGUGUGUUGAACCAGUUGUCGCUGGAGCUGUUGAAGCUGAUCCAGGCGCAAAUUGUGCUUUCGCCGCCCUUACCACGCCUGGAGCAGGUUCGGCCGCCUUCUAAAGUUUUGGAAACCCCAAUACUUGCUACAUAA